AUGUUGUCUAAGGGAGUCUCACAGACAGUGCAAGCCUUUGGGAUAGAGUAUUUCUCUCAAGCUAUUCUAUGUGACAUCCUUUUGUAUGUCUACAGAGUGGCCCGAGGUGUGUCAGUCAGUACAACCUGCCUCCUGAGUGUUUUCCAGACCGUGAAGAUCAGCCCCAUGAGCUCCAGCUGGAAGCAGCUUAAAGCUAACCUUCCCAAGCACAUUGGCUUGUCUAUUUUCCUUAGUUGGAGUCUCAAUAUGUUGGUAAAUUGUAUUUUUCCCUUUUAUAGCAUCAGCAAAUAUUGCAACAAAAAUAUCACAAAGAUAAAAAAUUUUGGAUACUGUUCUGCAGUAUUUCAAGACAAAAUCACAGAAGCAUUGUAUACAGCAUUCAUAUUAUUCCCUGAAGUUUCAUGUUCUGGGAUCAUGAUCUGGUCCAGCGGCUCCAUGAUUUUCAUUCUGACAAAUGUUUCCCACAAGUCAUCCCCUGAGUCCAGGGCCACCCAAAGUGUCCUUGUCCUCGUGUGCAGCUUUGUGUGUUUUUACACCCUCUCCUCUUUCUUUUAUGCUUGUGUUAUGAAUUUUGAUAUUCCUCAUUGGUGGCUCAUGAACACCUCUGCCCUGAUUUCUACCUGCUUCCCCGCUGUCAGCCCUUUCGUUCUAAUGAGCUGCAACUCCACUGCGUCCAGACUCUUGUUCAAAUUCUCAUGCUUAGUCAGAAGCAGUUUCUGUCUGGCUUCUCUGCUUGGCUUUGGUGAAGCCAAGAAUCUCUAUGUGGUGAAUUCACCAUCUCCAGACAAGAGCAUCUCCCCAAAACCUGAUGCUUCUGUUUCCCUCACAGACUCUGGAUGUCACACUAGAGUAGACAAUAUUCAUCUGUCUCCUUCUGUUAUCAGCAUGAUGGAUGACCAGUAG